CAACUACGAACAGUGCAACUGGCCACGGAGGUGCCAAGAAACACAAUCCUCACGGUGCCUUCGUGACUGGAGCAACGGGUCUUUUCUCGACUUGGUAUCUUGUUGGCGGCGGCCGUGAUGUAACCAAAAACAGUGCUGGCCCAGUGGGAGGCAAAUGACUUCCGCCAUCAGAGAACUAGUACUAAGAGGACAACAUGAUAUUGACACUUUAUAGCGGAUGACGGUGUCAGCUGGAGGAGGAGAAUCAGAAAAGUGCAACUGGUUGCUGUGCGAGUAACAACAGAUGACGACGUUAGCAAGAGGUGCAUUAGAAAAGUACAUGCACUCAUAAUUAAAGAAGCUAUACCCUGCGAAUGGGUACAUCAAUCAAUCAAUCAAGUUACACGACUUGCAACAACUUCUGUCAAGAGGGUGGAGUCGAGAGGACGAGGUGGAGAGCGAUUCGUGCACGUAAUGGAGAUGGUGGAGCCAGUACAAAAUCAUGAAAUAACAACAACUACAAGAAAGUGCCUGCUUCGGGUACUACCAUGCACUACCAUGCAGGAGGAAGUGCUGUGGGCUGCAAUAUCAUGCAGGAAAAACGAGAACUGUUGUAUCUCGAACAAGAGGCAAGACCCUGUCGUAACUGACAUCGUGAGAAUGAAAUUUGCAAUUUUGGGGCAACGGGCAACAUGGCGUCGCAUGAUGCUCCACUUACGGCACUGACAAUGAUCAUUUGUGUGGCAGUAACAGUAGCCGUUCGUGUGAGUACACGCGAUACGAGCCAGCCUCGUGUGUCUGUGUGUGGACAAAUAUAGUGACUAGUUUCUGUGAAGCAUUAGAUGUCGAUGGUGUGUAGUAUUUUCGUCUUAUCGUACAUUUGUUUAUAGAGCUGUUCCCACUGGUCCAUAGAAGUAAAGUAUAACUGUCGCGUAGGAUCAUGUUGACGUUUUGUCGAGAAAAGAAAAGUUGUGGUCUUUUUUCAUGUUUUUGUGCAUCGUUCGGGAAUAUAUUGAAUUUGUUCUCUCAACACGAUGGCAACUCACUUUCGUGUACAACCGUGUCUUCCGUUUCAGGAUCUUCUUUCCUUGCAAGAUUUGCAAACUUUGUAUUCGCAGAAUUGUAUUGUCGACACACUGCGGGAGCUGUUUUGUCCCGCCAUUAGGCUAUUAGUACUAAAUGGGGCACCAUGAUGAUGAUGAAUUGUAUUGUCUAGGUCGCUUUGGACCUUCAUUUAGGACACCCAUGUAUUGCCUCAGACAAGGCUAUCUGUGAUUAUUUUAAUCCGCACUGCGAUGUCAAAUGCUUACCAUGAGGCGUGUGUCUACGUUGCUCUGUGUAAGUAGGUUUGCUUCAAACUUGACCAGGGAGGGUUAGACCUGAAGUGCAUCCCCAUGACGUAUUGCCUGAUCUAACCCCUACUCAUAACUUAAUAAGAUUCUUGACUAUCUAAGGUUCAACAACUUAGAACCUUGUGUCUGCUGCAACCUCGUGUCUUCUGCUAUAGAGCUACCCUACUCUCAUCCUUGUCUUCUUUGUUUGUGAAAUGUCGGAAUAGCCGUUUUGUUUGUUGUUGUUCUCUCCUUAGAUCUGCCCGAACCUGGCAUGUGGUACAACUAUGAUGAUGUUAGUCGGUUCGGAAUUGUCCUACGACUUCCCUGAAUCUCUUCUGAGUUUUACGGAUUUCUCUGAUGUUGGAACUGUUGCGUUGAAGAUGUUGAUACUGUUGAUAUGGAUGAUAUGGAUGUUGGGCUUCUUGUUUAAGGGGGGCAACUUAUAUAAAAAAGAUCGAUAUCUUCGCACUAGUUCCGCUAGCCCAAGGAAGACACUUCUUCCUUUGUCCUGCGUUCUAUUGCUCUGCUAUUUUGACUCUUACUUACACUUUCGACAAGUAAAAUCCACGAAUGCACGAACCUGGCAUGUGGUACAACUAGAUACCUGCAUAUUCGUGUGCGUUCAGGAGAUCCAAGUUUCUCGAGCGGUGGCCCUGGUAACUACCAAAAACCUCCCCCAAAAAUCCUCGUGCCGUGUGGGGCGGGUAAGGUUAAAGAUUUAUGAGCAGAUCUUCUGGGGCCAUGGCCUCUGAAAUCGAGCCAGAAAUCUUCUAAUUCGAGUUCUAAUGUGGUAAUCUCGGAUCUACGAACUUGGAUUGGCGAGUCUACGAACUUAGAUUCUCUUUGUCUUGCAGUGGCAAGGAAAAGGAGCAAGAUCUGAAAGUUUUGGCGAGUCAACGCAAUUUCAGGCUUCCCGUAGGGUAUUAAUUGAAUGUUCGUAUUCAUUGCGGGAUGAAAUCGUAGAUGACAUAAAAAAAAGGCAAUUUUUGUGCUAAGCACAUGAAUGGAUUAUAGUUUGAAUUCGUUUAUGUCCUGAGAUCCGCACUAGCUAGACGUGCGAAAACGGAAGGCAG